CCCUGCAGUGCCCCCUCCCCGAGCGUACGCACGUACGCACGCACGCACGGAGACGGACGGGCGGGGGAGGAGGGAGAGAUCGGAGGCGCCCCGCCCAGUCCGCAAGGUUGCGCGUGCCCCGUGCGACCGCCAAGAUGGUGGUAGGCGCGUUCCCUAUGGCGAAGCUGCUAUACCUGGGAAUUCGGCAGGUCAGCAAGCCGCUUGCCAACCGCAUUAAGGAGGCCGCCCGCCGAAGCGAGUUCUUCAAGACCUAUAUCUGCCUCCCGCCCGCUCAGCGUGGAAUUGGGCUUCUGUCAAUUACAACGCAAACAAUGCUGACAAAUAACAUCCUUCUGCUGCUGGGAAACUAUCAACAGUCCUCUCCCCGAACUGCCUUCUCCGCUGUGCAAAGGACUGCAGGCUUGAGCCCCAGCUCCCUCCAUCCCAUUGAGGUGGUGACUCCCGCCCCCCACCACCCCCGCCUUCGUUUAUGUGGCUCCACCCACCACCUCUUGGGACAGCUCCAAAUUCUUGUAGGCUACGUGGGACCAAUUCACCACUUCUCUCCUCCAAGACCCAGACCAUCCUCGGAGACAUCCCAGUGGUUUCUGCAGCACACCCAGUCUUUGGGGUUGGUCAUAAACAUUCCUCGAAUUUUUCUGCCUUACUUAUGGAUGAAGGGGGUGGUGUUUGGGAUGAUGCAUGGGGCUUUACAGAGCAAUGCAGGGGACACAUUUGUUGGGAGGAGGAGCAGUCUUCUCUGCUUCUGCAUCACCCCACCCCCGCCCCGCCCCGCCCCGCCCGUGCCCUGCCUCAUCGUGUCUAGCACAUUGCUUCAGGGCCAGGAGUGAGAAUUUAACAUAUGAGGCAAGUCCCUUGUCUCCUCUGGCCUCAAUUUCCCCAACACUAAAGGUAGGAGUGCUGCGUCACACGUUUCUAAGAGAAACAUUCAAGAACAGAGGGUCCUUACCUGCCAGCGCCCUCCUGAGGCCUGGCAGAGCCGAGAAUAAGCUUCAGCAAUGACAGCGACCCUGGAGAGCAGAGAGAGACCCUCAGGUGGGGAUCCUCCUUCUAGUACCCCAUCCCCCCAUUCCACCUCACCGCACCCCGACUCACUUGCAGUAGAGCCCUCCCCCAGGAGGUAAAUCUGGGAUGUCCUCUGAGGCCAGGGUCCUGAAAACCGUGUUCAGGCUGGGGGGCUCCUGAGCAGAGGAAUACAGCUCUGAGAAGGAAGCAAGGAUUAUGGGAGUGUCCUUGCUUACCGGCCACCCCUCCCGCUGUGCUUUUGGAGCCUGCUCACCAGAGACCCUGCGGCCCAGGGCUGCGUCCAGCGCUAGCUCCUUCCUGAUUGCCUCCUCACAAGGCCUGGGGGCCCCGGGGAAGCAGACCAGGACGCAAGUCAUGUUGUCCAAGCUGCCCUGGGGAAAGUGGAGGAAAGAGAGCCUGGUGGGACACGGUCGAAUGCCCCAGCACGCCUCCACGCCCUUGGAAGCGGAGCCUCCCGACAAUCUCAGCGUUCUAGUGCCCUCUUGCCCAAUCUGGUUGGACACAUUUCUCUCAAAUCUUGCCCACCUGCCAGUCUAACCCAAGUCCUCUCCCCAGGACCAAUCACCUAGACCACGCCCUCUCACUGUCCUAGCCAAUCCCCAUCAGAGAGCCACGCCCCGUCUCCGAAGCUCCUCCCACUGCUGUCUAGCUGCUCUUCCUUCUGGUACUAAUCAUAUACUUCAGGACCCAACUCCUAAAUCCUAGGCAGUCCCAUUCCAGAAGGCCACGCCCUUUCUCUCAAGUCCCUCCCACUUACCUAUCCUGCGUUACUGGUCUCCCAUCUUGACUCAAGGCGGCCCUCAGUCUCCACCCUCUCCAUAUUUUGGUCCUGCCCACUCCGGCAGGCCACUCCCUUUAGUGGAGUCCUAAACUCUGGUUGAGGAAGCCUCUAAAACUCCCUCCUCCUUAGAUCCUUUAACUUCUUCCCCUCAAUGACUCCAAGCCCCGCCCCGAGGACCUUGCAGAGACACGUGUCCAAUAGCUGCGCGCAGAGAAGUUCCGGGGCCAGGCCCAGGCAGAGGCGCGAUGCCACCAGUCUCGCCAGAGCAGCGCCAGACAUCGCGUCCCACACACCGUCAGAGGCCAAUAGCAUGAACUCGUCCUCAGCCUGGCGAGCCAGGGCGGUCACCUCAGGCUCCGCGGAAACGAGCUGCAGCUCAGGAGGCCUUCCCGGAGCCUCUUUGUAAGCAAAGUCGCCCAGUGCCCGGGAUACCGCCAGAGAGCCUUCGAGGCGCCGGCGGCGGAUGGUGCCUCCCGCGUUGUGGAUGCGCUCGCGUUCCCGAGGCCGGAGAGGCCGAUGGUCCUCGGUGCUGAAGGCCACAGCGCCGGCGCGACUCAGCAUCGCUCGGGAGUCACCACAGUGCGCCAGGUACAGAAAACGCGGGGAGACGAGCAAUGCCACGGCGGUGGAGCCCCCCGGCUCGCCACGAGGCCAGAGCGCACGCAGGCGUGCGUCUGCGUUCAGGAAGGCUCGACGCAGCGCCCCGCGCACUCCCUCGGGCUCGUCGGGGGCGGUGCCCAGCGCCUCAAACACGUGGCCAGGCAGGUGGCGCGCGCCGAAGAGGGCGGCUCGCGCCCCGCCGUGGCCAUCGAGGACCGCGAAGAAAGCCCAGCCUGGGGGUAGCCCGGGCAGAGCGAGCCAAGCGCAAUGCGCGUCCUCCAUGUGCGCGCGCCAGCCCUGCACAGCGCUCGCCCCAAAGCGCAGUCCCCAAGACGCGGCCGCACCCCCGUGUGGCCGCUGGAAGCAUCGCGGCGCGUCCAGGAGCGACCGAGGCCCGUCGUGAGUCCUCCGUCCCUCCUCCUCCUCCUCUUCUGCCUCCUGUUCUUUGCGAGCUGACCAAAGGAGACAUUCCAGCAGGCGGGCAAAGGCCGCCAUCCUUCAGCCCUGGGAUCAGGAAGCCUCCACCCUGCACCCGCCCCCCUUCGCCCCCCCGCCCCGCCACCACUCCAUUAAUCCCCUCCACUGUGAGAUUUUAAACCACCUAAAUCUCCUUCCUAUGUCCUUGACCUGCACUUGAGUUACUAGAAGGGAUUGGACUCCUGGGUGUCCUCUCUCCUGCACCUUCAAAGCGAAGGUUGGGAUCUGGGUCACGGAAAAUAAUAAAAAAAAUUAGCACUUACCACGUGCUACCACGAUUUUGCAUCCUCUCCGAUUUAGUGAAGAGGAAACUGAGUCAUAGAAGUAAACAGUGUUGCAGGGAAACGAAUUCUAGAAUCAGUGUUUUCUACUUAGGGUUUCGGGUCCCCAACCUUGCUCCCUCUAAGCUCCGCCCACUACCGUGGUCCCGCCCCCAGCCUCAAAAUCUUUAAAUCCUUUCUUUUUUAGUUCGACCCCUCCACUUCUGGGUCUUGCCCUGGGACUUCAGUUGCUUCUUUUCCAGUUCCUGUCCAUCCAUUCAAGCACACAGCCUCAGACAUCCUAAUCUUCUCCGUUCUAGCUCCGCCUCUUAACUACAGGCUCAGCCGCUACUUUGUGGUGAGCCAAAGCUGGCCUCCUCUCGGUGGGUUACGCCUACCUUCUGGGCCGUGUCCUCAACCCUGCAUGUUGUUAUGUAUUUUCUCUAGGCCACACCUCUACCUCCUGGGUCUUUGACCCCGCCCAACUACCUGCAUCAUUCUAAAUUAAUUUAAGCUCCACCCAUAUCUGAGCUCCUCCCCUUUUCUCAAACUUUCUGAGUAGUUUCUCCUGCCCCCUUUCCCACUCCCUCUUAGGAUCUCAGCUCAGACCCUACCUCAGAGCGGUAGAAUCUUUAUACCCUCUCCUGAAAACCUCCCCUGGCUCCGCCCCAACCCACUCUGAGAUCCACGCCCCCAUUCUAGGUUCCUUCAUCAUUUUCCCUCCUGAGCCCCUCUCACUACCCUAUCCUAGGCUCCGCCUCUCUGCCGCUAGAGGCCGCCCCCUCUUCCAUCUAGGCCCCGCCCUUCAGACCGCCUUCCGCGCCUUUUCCGCCGGGUGGUGUAACCUUCUAGCCCCGCCCCUUUCGUAGAAAAGCCACGCCCACCUCCACCUCCCCUGGCCCCUCGGUGUUUACCCGCCUCCCCCCCCCCGCCCUUCCUCAGGUCCCGCCCCUCUCGUCCUCUGGCCCCGCCCCCGGCCCCGGGCUGCAGUGCCUUCCCAGCCGCGGCCCCGCCCGCCCCCGCCGAGCGGAGCAGAGGGCGGCGGCGGCGGCGGCUGCUGCUGGAGCGGCCCGGGAGGAGGAGGCGGCGAGGAUGGCGGCGGCGUCGUGGGCGCGGCGGAGAUGAGCGCCCGAGGCCCCAGGCCCAGGGCGGCGUGGCCGGAGUGGGCGGGGGUCCCGAUGCAGGCCCGAGGAGGGCCAUGGGGCAGGUCCUGCCGGUCUUCGCCCACUG